GUUCCUAUCCAACAACGAUGAGCUGCCAUCACACAACGAAACCCUCUGAGGGAUACCCACAGCUUAAUUACACUGCUGGGGCCAAAUGGGUCAAAAACCUCACACAGUCGAGGCUGGGAACCUUCCAAGGCGGCCAUUAUUCUGACAUGAACUUGUCGUCGGUGCUCUUUACUCAUCGAGUGGACAAUGAUACGCAUGUAAAGCUUCAAGUGUGGAGUGCUCCCGGACUCACGAAGCCUACAUUCAAAGAAGCCAUGAAGCAGGACUUCAGACCGGCGCGCAAAGGAGAUUCGUUUGGGCCUUCAUGGACCAACCACUGGUGGAAAGUUUCGCUCACCAUUCCAGGAUAUUGGCAGCAGUAUGAAACUGUACAGUUUGAAUUUGAUCCCGGAUGUGAGGCUAUGGUAUACACAACGGACGGGUUACCGUUACAAGGCAUUACCGGAGGCUAUGGGGGAGAUCGUAGAGUUGAGCAUAUCAUUCCUCCAGAGGCGCGCAAGAAGGGUAAAUAUGAAAUCGUCAUCGAGUCUACGUGCAAUGGAAUGUUUGGCGUUCCAUGGAAUGGCGAUACUAUAGAACCUCCUGACAUGAACAGGUACUUCGGUCUCGCGUCGGCGGAUCUUGUUGUUCCCAACCAUGAAGCGUGGCAUCUCCUUUGGGACUUCCAAACACUGCGUGAGAUUAUCGACAAUCUCUGGGGAAAUACGCCUUUACAAAACCAAGCCUUGGUAGCUGCUAAUGAAAUUAUAAACGUCUUCCAUAAAGAAGAUGUCUCUUCCAUCGGGAAAGCUCGUAAACUUGCUGAAGAGGUUUUCGGUGUAGGAUGGCAAGCCAAAGGUGCUGGCAUCUAUGACGAAGGCGAAAAAGAUUCAAGAGUCUGGGGUAUUGGCCACUGUCACAUAGAUACUGCAUGGCUCUGGCCCUACCAUGUUACUCAACAAAAAGUUGCCCGGUCUUGGUCAACUCAGGUCGAUCUCAUGGAACGUUAUCCCGAGCACCGCUUCUCUUGUUCGCAAGCGCAGCAAUUCAAAUGGCUUGAACAGUUGUACCCACCCUUGUACGAGAAGGUCAAGGAGAAAGUCCUGGAUGGCAGGUUCCAGCCCGUCGGUGGCUCCUGGGUCGAGAAUGACUCGAACAUGCCUUCUGGUGAAGCCUUGAUCAGGCAAUUCCUUUUCGGCCAGCGUUAUUUCGAGUCGAAAUUCGGCAAGCGCUGCGACACGGCCUGGUUGCCCGAUUCCUUUGGGCUUACCGGCUCUCUUCCCCAACUUAUCAGGGGUGCUGGAAUGAAGUACUUCUUCACGCAGAAGUUGAGCUGGAACAACAUCAACAACUUCCCGCACAGUACGUUUAAUUGGGUGGGAAUAGACGGCACUCAAGUUUUGUGCCAUAUGACACCAGUUGAAACAUACACUGCGCAAGCAACUGUUGGAGAUGUCAAGAAAGGCAUCGAGAACCACAAGAAUUUGGAAUCAUCGGCUACUGCUCUACUCGUGUUUGGUAACGGGGACGGAGGAGGAGGUCCUUUACCGAAGAUGUUGGAAAAUCUUCGUCGCAUCCGGGCAGUUACUAACACUCACAGAGAACUGGUAUCGGUCAACAUGGGCCACUCCGUCGAUGAGUUCUUUGACAUGCUUUUGUCGACAACGGGCCAAGGGUCAAAGUUGCCGAAUUGGCACGGAGAGCUGUAUCUAGAGUUCCAUCGUGGCACGUAUACUUCACAUGGGUCAAUCAAGAAGGGAAAUCGUCAUUCCGAGAUCCUCAUGCGCGAUAUCGAGCAAUUGGCUACACUGGCGUCUUUGUUCAAGCCGUCAGAUUACAAGUACCCUAGAAAGGAGAUCAACGAUAAUUGGGAGAAGGUCUUACUCAACCAGUUCCACGACAUUCUCCCAGGAUCCGCAAUUGGAAUGGCCUAUGACGAAGCGGAAGAAUACUACGCCCAAGUUUUCAAGAGUGGAAAGGUCUUGUUGGAAGAUGCUUUCAAGGUUCUCUUCCCUAAUUCCGUAUCGGUCACGUCUCCGGAAUUCAACUCCAAGACGGCGAACCUUGCCAAUAUCUUUGCAGUCAACACUACCUUCUUCCCUCGUCGGGAGAUCGUUAAGGUCCCAGUUUUGGGAAGCGUGAAAGACCUAAAGAAUAAGCUGAUUCAGACCUCCAAGGAUGGCAAAGAUGGGUAUGUUAUGAUGGGGUGCGGACCCGCCACGACUAGCGUUGGACUCGUCAAUGACUUGGGUGGCCCUUCCUUGACCGAGGUGCCUCUUCCUGUAGCAGUCUAUACAAACGGAUCGGACCACUUUGUAUUGCGCAAUGCUAGCGUACAACUCACUAUCUCUAAUGGAAGAAUUACCAGUCUUCUCGAUGUUCAGCAGGGUCGUGAGCUUCUCACGGAAGGAGCUACUGGUGGUUUGAUCAUUUUCGAGGACCGGCCUAAUUACUGGGACGCUUGGGAUGUCGAAAUCCAUCACUUGGAGAUGCCGCACCCACUGGAGUUCUCUAACAUGUCUGUCGUCGCCCAUGGUCCUCUGCGUGCGUCUGUCAGGGCUGAAGUCAAGUAUGGUCAGAGCACAAUAUCUGUGACGAUCUCGCUUGAUGCAGUCCCUGCUACGACUAAGCUCAACUCGCGCUCGAUGUUCGUUUUCGAUGCAGUAGUUGACUGGCAUCAAAGGCACGAGUUCUUGAAAUUCGAACUGCCCCUCAACCUUCACAGCGACUUUGCCACCUAUGAGAUGCAGUUCGGCCAUGUACAACGACCCACGCACAAGAAUACGACCUGGGACAUUGCCAAGUUUGAAGUCUGUGGGCACAAAUACGCCGAUUUGAGUGAAUAUGGAUAUGGUGUUGCUAUUCUUUCUGAAUCCAAAUAUGGUUUCUCUUGCUUGGGCAACAUUCUCCGUAUCUCGCUCUUGCGUAGUGCUACGGCUCCAGACGCAGAACAGGAUCAAGGUGAACACAAAUUCUCCUGGGCCGUUAUGCCGCACGUCGGAUCCUUCUUGGAGUCUGACGUACCUAUGGCUGCGUACUUGUUCAAUUCACCAUUGUAUCUCCGCCACGGCGACAUCGCCAACGAGCUGGCAUCGAGCGCUCCUUUCGCCGUCCAUGGAGCACCCAACGUGUUCCUUGAGACCGUCAAACGUGGGGAAGAUGAUACUAAGGACGUCACGACCGUGGUUCUCCGUCUGUACGAGGCCUUUGGUGGUCACGCUCGAGCGGCGCUGCGUGUUGGCAGCGGUAUCUAUGUCAAGAAAGCCUUCCUUACCAAUCUGCUGGAGGAUGACCUUGACGCGACAGAGGUUGCGGUUUCGGAGAGUGGUUCAAGGGGCGGGGGAUCGAUCAAGCUGGACUUCCACCGGUUUGAGGUGAAGACCGUUAAGUUAGUUAUCGGAAAGGUGGGGAAGCGGGACAGUUGGGUCAAUGUAGACCGAUUCUAAACCCUGGUGGGGAUGUAUGAAUAUAGCCGAGAAAAUAAGAAUGUCGGACAGGACUUGUAUUAUGGAAUGCUGGAGUGUGUAAAUUUUGUAAAAUGUUUUAUAUCCAUAUAUACAAGCUCAAAUAGCGUCCUCGACAAGGACAUUGUGCACAUGCUAGG